AUGGAUCUACUCUACACGCCUCCCUCAACCCUCCAACUCCGAAUCCUACAAGCCUUAUGCGAGUCCAAUCCAACCUCAACACUGCUGACCACCACCCCCAUCUUCAAGAUCAACGCCCUCCACUUCGCAGCAGCAGCCCUCGACACAACCCUUCUCAUCGCUAUGCUGGAAUACAUCAACCUUUCCCAAAUAACGCCCACCGCCCUCGGCCAUACGCUGUUACACCUCGCCUGCCUGCCCCUCGACGACACUUUCGUCAACGUUUUCUCGCAAGCCAUCGCCAACUCGAUCCACCAUGUCCGCACGCCAUCCACAGACUGGCAGUCCGAGGAGAUUGGGUUCUUCAGGUACGUCAACCAAGCCAGAGAGAACUCCGAGAUAGCGAACAUUGAGUUCAGCAUGAACAACCGAUCCGCGUUCUUCCGACCACAAUCUACAGAGUCGUUUUCAGGAUCAGUUUGA